CUGCAGUCUGUGACUGCCUGAGCUGAAAAUGUGGUAGGACUGUUUGGCACAAAAAGCAUUCAUAGCUGGAGAUGGUCCAAGUCAGCUGCAACUGCUGUCUCUUGUCUAACUUGGGGAAUUCUCUUCCACAGCUGAUAUUUUGUCUUUCAUUCUCUUCUGGCAUCCGUGCCUUUCCCACAGAUCUACUGUGUACUGCAAUAGGAUGUUCAGUUGAAUUGAGGCCAUUACAAACUGUGUAGGAAACAAACAACAGAGCAGUCACCUUCACUCCUCUUUUCCCCACGGAUACAGGAAUUUAGGACGGGAACGUUCAAUGUAGUCUUACUGCAGUUUCUGUAAGACUUGUGCACAGUCGCAGAUGGAAACAAACUGAGGUAUCUUUUAAUAAUCUUAAAGACUGCCUGAAACUGGAUUUGAUGUGUGACUAGAAGUAAAGACCACAGCAAUAAUUUUAGAAAGCAGAUGCCAGUAUUCUGCAGACUCUGUGAGAGGGAGAUUUCUGCUAGUGGGUGUUUGCACCUUUAAAUCAAACUUAACUUUGUAGGGCCUCUGCAUUAUAUUCUAUGCUUCUCUUUUUAGGCAGAGACAGCUACCUCUAGGUGUUGGUUAUGGCUGCAAUUUAUCAAGCAGCAUAUAGAAGAGCUUCCUCUCUCAUCUGCAGGUUACACUCUACCUAUGUUAGAAAAAUGAGAUACUUAAAUGAGUUAAAGGAAGAUGACAGCCUUUGUAGAGAAGCCCAGACCGCAGGAACUUUCUACCUCUUUCACAAUCUCUCUCCCUUCCUGCAGAAAGUUGGGGAAAAAUAUUUUGUACCACAGCUCAGUGCAGCAGAGAUUAAAAGGAUCCUGGAGAAAUUCAAAGAGACAGAGCAGUGGAUAGAGAAGUCGGUGCUGAUCGGUUGUUCAGACGAGCACGUACCACACUUUGCCCUGGAUUUAGGAGCCUUGGAAAAAUCAGUCAUUGAGUCUCAACUCAAGGGAUCGUUUACUAACUUACAAAAGGCUCUCUUCGUAGUGGAUAGGAAGGAUUCUCCUUUGCUGGCUUCGGCUCAGUCCCUUCUCCAGUGGCACGAUUCCCACCAGUACUGUAGCAAAACUGGGCAGCCCACUCAAAGAAACGUAGCUGGCAGCAAGCGUGUCUGUCAUGCAAGCGGAAUAACUUACUAUCCACAGAUGUCUCCAGUGAUUAUCACCCUGGUGUCUGAUGGGAGCCGGUGCCUCCUUGCACGACAGCCCUCGUUUCCCCAGGGAAUGUAUUCUGCUCUGUCAGGCUUUUGUGAUAUGGGUGAAAACGUCGAGGAGGCAGUCCAUCGAGAGGUGGCAGAAGAGGUUGGCCUAGAGGUGGAGUCACUCUGGUACUCAGCUUCUCAGCACUGGCCCUUUCCCAGUAGCUGCUUAAUGAUAGCUUGUCACGCUAUAGUGAGGGCACAGCAGGCUGAGAUCAGUAUGAACAAGCUGGAACUAGAGGAAGCCCGUUGGUUUGGCUUGGAGGAAAUUGUGGAGGGUCUCAAGAGACAGCCCAGAUCUUCAAAGCAAGAUGAUGGUAGUUUUUUACCCUGGUUUCCUCCCAAACAGGCCAUUGCUCACCAGCUGAUUUGUGAGUGGGUUAAGCAGCAGACUUCCUAGCUGGCUUAGACAUGUCUUCAUCAAGUCUGGGAUUAUGCCAGAACUAUGAAAGUUCAAUAAAAAAAGCUUCCAAAGUUA